CUAUAAACGGAAGCAAUCUUACCUUGAAUAUUCUUUUGCUUUUAAUGUCUUCCUUAAACCUAAUAGUAAGUACAUCUCAGUACUUUGUCAGCUUUUUCUUGUUUCAAAAACAAUCUCCAUAUGAUUUCCUAUUGGCCGCCGCCUAUAAGUCGUUUGUUGUCUGCUUCAUCUUUGCACCAAGUCUUCUGCUGCUGACUUUUUCAUUUUCAGAAUUGGAGAAAAAAUGGAGAAGCUUAUCACGGGCAGGCAGAGCCAUAUUCAACUCUGGUCUGUUGUUCUUGUCUCCUUUGUUUUUUGCUUGGUAUUGCUUUGCUUGGAUUAUUCAGUUCUACCUAGUACCAAAAAUGGAGUCUCCUCCUUAGUCUACAUCUUUUCCGAUGCUCUCAACACCACGAAAACUACCCAACUUGUUGCCAUGGAUAAACCUUGUGAAACUACAGCCCCACCAGCCAUGUUCACCGGCAACAAGGACAAGAUUCAGGUUGAGGUUCAGGAUGUUGCUGAUCAACAAUAUUCUAGUAGUGAUUGGAAAAGAGAGGAUCCAUGUUCAGGUAAAUACAUAUAUGUUCACCAUCUUCCAAGUAGAUUCAAUACUGAAGUGCUCAAGGAUUGUCGAACGCUUGUCAAAUGGUUUGAUAUGUGUCCAUCCCUGAUGAAUUCAGGGAUUGGUCCUAAGGUUGAAAACCCACAAGGUGUGUUAUCUGACAGGAGUUGGUUUGAAACAAACCAGUUCCUGCUAGAAGUCAUUUUUCAUCAGAGGAUGAAGCAAUACAAGUGCUUAACCAAUGAUUCAUCGUUGGCUUCAGCUUUUUUUGUACCCUACUAUGCUGGCCUAGAUGUUGGUCGUUACCUUUGGGGCUAUAACACAUCUGUAAGAGAUUCUUCUGCUUAUGAUGUGGUGAAUUGGCUUGGAAAAAAAGCUGAAUGGAAACGGAUGUGGGGUAGAGACCAUUUCUUUGUUGCAGGGAGGAUUGCUUGGGAUUUUCGUAGACAAACGGGAAAUCAAUCUGAUUGGGGCAACAGGCUUAUGUCUUUGCCUGAAUCCAUGAAUAUGACAAUGUUAUCUAUAGAAUCAAGCUCCUGGAGCAAUGAAUUUGCCAUACCAUAUCCAACUUACUUUCAUCCAUCAAGCGACAGUGAGGUAAUCAGUUGGCAAAAAAGAGUGAGAAGUCGAAAAAGGCGAUAUCUAUUCUCUUUUGCUGGUGCUCCACGUCCAACCAUGAAUGACUCAAUCCGGGGAGAGAUUAUUAACCAAUGUUUAGCCUCAAAAAAGACAUGCAAUUUUCUUGAUUGUCGGUUUGGAGGAAACAAGUGUGAUACUCCAGUUGAAGUAAUUAAGGUGUUUAGGGACUCUAUUUUUUGCUUACAGCCUCCAGGGGAUUCAUACACUCGGCGUUCAACUUUUGAUUCGAUCAUGGCAGGGUGCAUUCCUGUUUUCUUCCAUCCUUAUUCUGCUUAUGCACAAUAUGUAUGGUACUUUCCAAAGAAUUAUACUAAAUAUUCUGUGUACAUUCCUGCCAAUAAUAUAAAAGAUGGCAGAGUCAGCAUCAAUGAGGUACUUUCUCGGUUUUCGAAAGGCCAAGUGUCAGCUAUGAGAAAAGGGGUUGUAAAGCUGAUCCCGAUGGUGAUAUAUGCAGAUCCUAGGUCCAGAUUGGAGAGGUUUGAGGAUGCAUUUGACAUUGCAGUUAAAAGAGUUCUUGAAAGAGUGGAAAAAGUUAGGAAAGAUGUUAAAGAAGGAAAAGAUCCCAGUGUUGAUUUUGCUGUAGAGAACCACUGGAAAUUGAAAUUAUCUGGAAUAGUGGGAGAUCAUCCAUUGGACCAAUUCUUUUAGAGAACAAAGAAGAGCAUAGAAAUACAAGAGCGGACAAAAAUCAGUACAUUACUUAUUUGACUGGCCUUGAGGGGUGAAGAAAACAAUCUCCUGCUAUGAUCUCCAUUGUCUAUAUCUUUUCCUUGAUUGAAUUUUUUUAUUGGGUAAAUGGAUGGUUGAUCAUCUGUUUAUCCUCUGUAUUCCUGAGGUUUAUGUGAAAAUAGCUGCAGCCAAUGUCACAGCUUUUUGAUUUAAUAUGUUGCUGCCAUGUUUCAUUGGCAUUCAAAUCUCAUUAAAUUUUAGUUUCUUUUGGCUUUCUAAUUAAAAUAAUAAAACUUUGGAGAUGGCAUUGGCUAGA